AUGGCGCGUCAAUACUUCACCCACAAGGGAGUGCUGUUCCCAUGCCUGGAUUAUUCCCCCGAGAAGCUGAGCUACGUGGAGAAUCAAUUCCAGGUGCAGGAUGACGACGUCUUCAACAUCGCCUACCCCAAGUCAGGCACUAGCUGGAUGCUGGAGAUUCUGAGUCUGAUCCGUUCUGAUGGGGACCCCGGCUGGGUGCGCAGCGUGGUGAACUGGGACCGGGCGCCCUGGGUGGAGUACGGACCAGGGCUGGACGCCGCCCUGAAAUACCCCCCGCCCCGGCUGCUCUGCUCCCACCUCCCCGUCCAGCUCUUCCCCAAGUCCCUGCAGCGCUCCAAGGCCAAGAUCAUCUACACCCUGCGCUGCCCCAAAGACGUCCUGGUCUCGCUGUACCACUUCUCCAAGAUCCUGCGCCUCUUCAAGGAACCUGGCUCAUUGGACUCCUUCCUUGAGGACUUUCUGAGUGGGAACGUGGUGUAUGGCUCCUGGUUCGACCACGUCAGCGGCUGGAUGGGGCUGAAAGGCAACGAGAACUUCUUCUCUAUCACGUACGAGGAGCUGCAGCAGGAUCUGCAGGGCAGCGUGCGGAGAAUCUGCCACUUCCUGGGGAAGGAGCUGAGUGAGGAGCAAGUGGCCGCGGUGGUGGAGAACGCCUCCUUCCAGAGCAUGAAGGGGAACAAAAUGUCCAACUUCUCCCAGCUGCCAGAUGAGUCCAUGGAACACCAGAAGGGGGAGUUUCUGAGGAAAGGGAUCUGCGGUGACUGGCGGAACCAUCUCUUGGAGGCACAGAACCAGCGAUUCGACACUGUUUUCCGGGAGCGGAUGCAGGGUCUGGGCCUGACCUUCCCCUGGGACUGAUGGCCUCACGCCCGCCACAUCUGUACCUGCAAUACACCAGCCCUGUGCCAUCCAUGUGCUGCUUCUCUUACUGUG